GAUGAUAUGGCAAGAGACCCGACUGUAGAACAGCAGGCACCUGGCGAAAGCCAUCUACUGGGCAUUGAUGAGACUGGGAAACCAAAGAUCUUGGGAUCACCAUCUCGUUUUCUUCCCCUUAUUCUCUUGCUACAUUUUUGCCGGUUAUAAUGUUUUCUCAUUUAAGUGGAUGGGAUGUUGCUCCCAGGUCAAGAGAUUCCCGAGCAUCUUCAGAACGUUUACAAGGCCUUCUUAGUCCAGCUCAGCUAAAUCUUGAACGUGUCUUCGAACAGAACCGUCUCCGAAUUCAGCAGAAACAGAAUGGCACGCAAGCCCCGGAGCCGGCGAACGCAGGUCCUCCGGCAAAAGGAAAGCCCAGACUACUUUUGAUGGGCCAGAGAAGGAGUGGCAAAUCAUCAAUAUCAAGCGUCGUAUUCCACAAGUUGCCUCCUAGUGAAACGCUAUUUCUGGAAUCUACAGCACGCAUACAGAAAGACUCAAUGGCAUCUUUCAUGGACUUUCAAGUUUGGGAUUUUCCAGGUCAAAUUGACAUAUUUGAAAACCCAACUUUCGACAUCGAUGCCAUGUUCGGAGAGAUUGGAGCACUGAUAUGGGUGAUUGACGCUCAAGACGAUUACAUGGAAGCGGUGGCGCGACUCAAUGUGACCAUCCUCAACCUGCAGAGCAGAUUUCCGAAUAUCAAGAUUGAGGUAUUUAUUCACAAAGUGGACGGUCUAUCUGACGACUACAAGCUGGACAUACAGCGGGAUAUCACCAUACGUAUCCAGGACGAGCUGUCCGACCACGGAUUCGACAAUGUACCGUUGAGGUUCCACCUUACGAGUAUCUACAACCACAGUAUCUUCGAAGCCUUCAGCAAGGUCAUCCAGAAGCUGAUACCACGCCUCGGCAGCCUUGAGGCAAUGCUUACCAACCUUUGCCGUACGUGCCGCUUCGAGAAGGCGUAUCUUUUUGACGUGCUGUCAAAGAUCUACAUCGCCACGGACAGUGCGCCUGCAGACAUGGCCAGCUACGAGAUUUGUUCGGAUUACAUCGAUGUCAUUAUUGACCUGACGGAAGUGUACGGCAGUUGGCCACGAUCCCAAGGCUACCGGGAGUUGUUGGAAGGUGAACCAUGGAACCAGAAGCUCGAGGAUCAAGUCGCCAGCAAUUGGGCAGAGAGCUGCAUGGUUCUGACCGACGGAAACAGACCGAUCAUGCUGCGAGAGGUCGACAAGUACCUGGCCCUUGUAGCGAUCAUGAAGGAGGACAGCUACGACAAAAUGCCUCUCGUCAACAUGAACGUUGACGUGGUUGUCGAUGGUUUGAAGGAGUUCUUUGAGAUCACGAAACCGAAAUAAGGAGGAGUGGUUUGCACGGAAUGGACUUGGACAGUGGAGGGAUGGCCCUCUCAAGAGCAUAUACACACAAAUAGGAGAUUUAGCUCGUAAAGCUGAUACAUAUAGUGGGCAAGGCUUGAGGUAAUCAAAAGACCAUGUCACCCGCAAUCCUGCA